AUGAUGCUGGGUGCGUGUGUGUAUGUAUGUAUGUAUGUGUGUGUGUUGUGUACUUGUGUGCAUGCCUUGUUGCCGCCGUCUUUUUUGCAUUGUUAUUACUAUUACUAUUAUUCUUGUGGAAGUAGGGGAAAAGUAAUUCACGCUGUGGCUGGAGCAAAAGGAAAAAAAAAAGGGUGGGAAAAAAAGAAUAAACAAAAGAUAAAUUGUUACCAGCAGCAACAGGGUGGGAAGAAAAAGGGGGGAGCCUCACGUACACGUGCACGGACAUUGUAUUGCAUUGCAGCAGAAGGCGUUUUUUCAUUUAUGGGCGCCUGGAUCUCUCAGAUAAAGGCCGCGUUGGGCUUUUUACCAGCUGACAAAAAAAUCCGUGUACUUAUUUUAGGCCUCGACAAUGCGGGGAAGACGUCUAUUUUGUACCGUCUGCAGUUGGGCAAUGUCGUGUCCACUGUUCCUACAGUGGGGUUUAACCUGGAGACGAUGAAUUACAAGAACAUAUCGUUUGAGGUGUGGGAUUUGGGCGGUCAGGCGAACAUUCGGCCUUUUUGGCGCUGUUACUUCACUGACACGGAUGCCAUUAUUUACGUUGUGGAUAGUAGUGACAAGGAUCGCAUGGGGGUCGCUAAGCACGAGUUGUACAACCUUCUAGACGAGGACGAGCUGCGAGAAAGUCUACUGCUUAUAUUUGCCAACAAGCAGGACGCGAUGGGUGCGGCGAGCGAGACUGAGGUUGCGCAGCUGCUCGGGGUCGCAUCGUUGACGAAUCGCACCUGGACAAUUGUGAGGAGCAGCGCAAAGACCGGUGAGGGACUCAUUGAGGGGAUGGAUUGGCUCUGUGACAAGCUUCGCGAGCGAGGCACCGUCAGCAGCACCUCGUAG